CAAAAUAAAACAUGGCGGACUAGUUUCCGCCUCUGUGAAGAAAUAUAGUGAAUUCAGUUUUUUACGCCAAACAUGUCCUUCGAAAUUCAGAAGUGGAAAGCUGAGGCUCAUGAAAAUGCUGCAAAGACUGUGGCAAAUAUGCUCCAACAUCCUGACAGCCUGGACAAAGUGGAACAAUGGAGACGGAGAUAUAUGAGAAACAAGGCAUCAGCUGAAGCCCGACUGAAGACAGCUGUGCAGUCCCAAUUGGAUGGUGUCAGAACAGGGCUUCAUCAGCUCCAUGGAGCUCUUCAAGAUAUUAAGGAAAUUAAGAAGAGAAGUUUUAAAUUGUUCACUGCCAGAUAUAAAUUAAUUUCUCUAAUAUUAUUUCUUCAACAGAUAUCUAAAGCCUGUGAACAUCUUAAUCUUAUCUUCACUGUUCCAGACAGUGUAAAAAAAACAGAAGCCUUGAUCAAUGAAGGAAAACUUCUCCUUGCUCACAAAUGUUUGUCAGACUUGGAAGCCACCAGAGAUGAACUCCUGCUGGAAGUUCACAAGAUGGCACAGGAAGAAGAGGGUCCAAAACCUGAUAAAACACCGCUGUACCAAUACUUCGAUGUAGUCAAGAAGUUAUCAAGCUGAUAAAAGAGCAGAGGAAAAAAAAACAAAUAUGGGAUUUUCUGUGCCUGGACGGCCUAAGAAGUGGAGAGAUAAAGCAUUUAAGGUUCUAGAGGAGUCUGUCAGUAACAGGUUUGAGAGUCUUGACAUGGAACUGCAGGAUAGAAUGGAUGACAAGAUGUGGCUGGUGAAACAUCUUGAACGCACAAGGAAACUUGUUUUGGAUGAUUUGAUUGUUGUCAAGAACUUGUGUCAGGUUUGUUUCCCUCCAAGUUAUGAUAUAUUUGAUCGCUACAUCAAAAUGUAUCACAAGGCACUCUCCGUCAUGUUGGAAAGAUUUGUUCUGGAAGAAAGACUUGAUUCGAAUGAGUGCAUCAGUCUGUUAACCUGGAUCAAAGAAUACAAGGGAACUGAUCUUAUGAUGCAUCCAGAGCUACAGAUUGAUGUUGGAUUCCUAGGACCUCUGUUAUCGCCCAAAGUUGAACAGGAACUGCUAGACACCUACCUCACGACCACUAAAAACAACAUGAUGGAGUGGAUGGCCAGGCUGGCCGAAACAGAUCUUCAGGACUGGAACAGGGACGCACCGCCAGAGACAGACAUGGAUGGUUUCUACAACACAUCGCUUCCAGUUUUCCUUUUUAAAAUGAUCGAUCAGAAUCUGCAAGUUGCAGCGAAGGCUGGAGAAGAGAUCAAACUACAGAUUCUGGAUAUUUGUCUUGAGUCUAUGCAAGGUUUCCAGAGGGAAUAUCGAGGUCAAAUCAGAACUUUCAAGAGCAAACACUUUGAGGACAGAAUGCAGCCUGUGAGAUUUGUGGAAUACAUAGUGGCCAUCGUAAACAACUGUAAGGCGUGUAUGGACUUUACAGAUCAACUAAAGGAGCGGUUAGUGGCUGAACUUGGCCGAGCAACGUUUGGAGAAGAUAAACAACGAUCAUUUAAGAGCGUCGUCGACUGCUUCGCUCAGAUAGGAGAGGAGAGUGCUGGAUACCUCUUGGAUGAAGCAUUCUUGGACCUGGAGCCUUUUUUCUCACAAAUUAUGACUCCUACAUGGAUACCAAGUCCAGAAGCUGUGGACACAAUAAUUGUCACAAUAGAGGAUUACUACAAUGACUUUUUACACUUGAAAGACAAAUUUUUCGAUAACCUCAUGGAACAAGCUCUGAAGAAAGUGUUGUUAGAAUAUGUCCGUGCAAUGCUGAACAAGCGUAUUACAUUUAAGGAUUACGAAGGAAGGAGGGAUGCGGCAAAAAAGAUCACGGAGGAAUCCAAAAAGAUCGAGAAACUCUUCAAGAAGUUAGCCAAAGCUAAUUUGCAGCCAGAAACUCAAUGCUCCGUUCUUUCCACACUUGCUGAGGUCAUCAAACUUCGAGAUACGUCCAUGAUGGCUCUUGAAAUUUCGGGAAUUGCCAACAAGUACCCAGACUUCAAAUCUGACCAUGCCUUGGUCCUGUUGUUGAUGAGAGGAGAUCUUACCAGGACAGAAGCAAGACAGUUAAUUAUGGAAACUCCUCUAGAAGGAAGACAGGAUACUCCAGCUGAUGACCCUGCCGCAUUUUUCACUCAGAUCAUUGUGCCACCAUCUGUGUUGGACAAGCUGGAAACAUUGAAAGAAACAAUGAUGAAAAAGAAGUGAAAUUUGCAUCAAAUUAGCAUGUAAUUCGUUACUCUUCUUCACUCUGUGUAUUAUUAAAAAAAGUUCAUUUUACAUCUACUACUCUAAACAGGAAAUUAAACUUGCAACAUGUAUUUUGGGCCCCAGACAUUGAUCUGCCACUUUUUUUUCUGUGAAGAUGUCAGUAAAAAAUAAGUCUACCAUAAAAUUGCUAUUAGAAUGUGGAAAUUGUUUAUUAAAGAUAGUUUAAGUGUUACUGGAUCUGUAUCAAACCACUUCAUUAAUAAAAAUGAAACUUACAGUGUA